AUACCAUGUCGGCACUGGGCGAAUAGCUAUGGAGUAGCCCCAGCGAUAGAUGUCAGCCCGGUCAAACAAGUAAUCCCACAUCGGUCCUCCUGAUCCUCCAGAAGAUCCCGCAGCCAUGGAACGGGUGCACACGGCCAUCGGAGUGACGUGCAUAGUGGCCUUGGUCUUGGUGGUGACCCGUAAGGUGGGCCAGGUGGGUGGCAUGGUGCUGGCCGAGUCCCGUGCCCCGAUCUCUGACCUUGUGACCCGCGGCGGUCCAGUGGCGGAUCAGCUGACGGCGGUCGAGGGAGAAACCCCGCUGGUGGAGGGGGAUCGCAUGGACGGCGCCUGCUCCGUGGUGCAAAAGGUCGGAGGCAAGGUGUGUGCCCUGGUGGGGCCUCUGCUGCCCAGACUCGGAAGUGAUCGAAAUUCCGGGGACUCCACGAAGGAGGAGGGGCAGGAUAAGCAGGAAAAGGCACCGGAAAAGGAAGCCAAACCUGAACCGGAAGCACCGCCUGCACCGGAUCCGCCGGAGGAGGAGGCGGCAGAGUAGAUCCAGCUGGCAAAGGGAAUGGGACUUCGGAUGUGGAACUCCCUUCCUAUUUAUUUUCAAAUUUUAAGUAGGCCUUGGAUAUUUAACUUUAUUUUUUUGUCGGCUUUGUCAAAUUCGAAACCUAGAGAGCUCAUUCAUUUUUAACAGCUCGGACUGAUCACACCUCUUUCGUUAAAUAAAAAAUAAUAUGAAAAUUUGAAAAAAAA